AUGCACUUUCAUAUCCUUGGUACCGGAGCAGUGGGAUGCCACAUUGCAUGUCUUCUGCGCUUAAAUAACCACAAGGUCACUCUUAUCUUAAGAUCUCAAAAAGCCCUCCACGACUUCAAAACUAGGAACCAGUCCAUAUCACUUACAUUAAAAGGAAAGCCGCUGUUAGUCGGUGGAUUCAACUCUAUGGUCGUACACUCCAUUUCUUCUCAAGGACCGCUAAUCGAGUGCUUGAUAGUCGCUACUAAAGCACAAAGUGUAAUCGAGGCAGUUUCGCCGCUGAAGGAUCGGCUAACCAGAAAUAGUACGGUGCUACUGCUACAGAAUGGAAUGGGCGUCGUCGAAGAAUUAAUGGACACUGUCUGGUAUGGUCAAUCACACCCUUGUAUCCUUGUGGGUGUAAAUCGGCAUGCUACUCAAAGGAUAAGUGCAUUCAAGGUUAUCAAUCACUUUGGAUGGGUUCACCCUGAAGGUCUAGUGGUUUCAGAAUGGCGCCAAACAGGAGAAUCAAAACAAGGCUUCCCAGUACUAAAGAGCUUGUCGAAUAUUAAGGACCUCCAAUUAAAAAUUGUUUCCUGGGAGAAUUUGCAGAAUAGAAUGGCCAAGAAACUUGUUAUCAAUGCCAGUGUAAAUCCAGUUGCCACAAUUCUGAAUCUCUCUAAUGGCGAAAUGCUCGAUGGUAGUCCAUACACCUUGAAUCUAAUACGAGAGCUCUGCUAUGAAGCCUAUUCAGUCUUGGAAAAUUUCCUUCCAGGCGAGACGGCCGAGAUCCUUUUUGAAGGGGUGGUUGAUAGUCUUCGCCAGAGCAAAUCACAUUAUUGCUCAAUGCUUCAGGAUAUCCAGUCUGAGCGCCCAACUGAAGUCGAUUACAUCAAUGGAUAUAUCUGUCGUAUUGGGAAAGAUCAAGACAAAGACUUUAAAUUCAAUCAAGCCAUGGUAGACUUUAUUCAUGCCAAAGAGAGUGGGAAAAAAGCUGUAGAGAAUUCGAAAUAA